ACUCCCACCCCACCACCCCCUUAUUUUUCUCCCCUCCCCCCUGUCUCUAUCACCCUUUUCCACAUUGUAAAGAAACAAACUUUUAUUUUCUCUUUGGUCUAAGAGAAAAUCCAAUUCUUUAUUUUUCUUAUUUUAAUCAAAAUCUGAUUUAAAGGGUGUCUUCCAUUUGCCACACCCAAUUUGGAAUCUUUGAUUCAAAGAUAUUCAAUGCAAAUAUCCAAAUCUUGAUAUUUGGCAUUGCUAGAAAACUCGUAAAAGCUGCCCUACAGGAGGCUGCGAAGAAAAGAGAAAUGAGAUACGCAGAUCUGAAAAGGAUAGAUAGAGGUGUGAGGCGGCAUUUUCAUGAUGAUAUCACAGUCAUAGUUUUGUUUCUUGAUUCUCAUUUGAUUAGUCGAAGCUCCUUCCGUGCACCAGUGGUUUCCAUAAAAGGAGGCGGAGGAGGAGGUUCUGGAGAUGCCAAUACCUAGAUUAAGUUACCUAUAACCUACCUACCUCUAAUCAAUCCCUCAUGAAAAGUUCACUUGAAAUAGAAAGUGAUGUGACAACGCGACAGAGAGAAAAAGAAAAAAAAAGUAUGUAUAACUUUGCUCCUUGGGAUCUCACCAUUAAUGGUAAGUUGAUGAUUAUGCCAUGCACAUUGCUUGAGGCAAAUUUUGUCAAAAUUUUCCACUGAUUGGCAUAUGAAACUUUUGAAAGUUUAAGAGCAACACUGAAAACUGAUUUAGUUUCUGAAGAGAUGUUAAAGACUUCAUAUUUGAGUGCUCACAAUUACUUUUCUUGAAUUCAAUUGUUUUUCUAUCAACAUCCAUUUAAUCUAAACUAGUUUGUUUUUUGCU